AUGGAAAGUCGUGUCACUUCUUCGCGUCGCCCUGAUGAUGGCCCGGAUUUUUUGGACUUUGUUGUCAAUGAGGUCUCAGUCGACGACGAAAGCGACUUCAUGUUUCCAAUAUCUUGCCACGAAAAACAGAAUAAGGGUGAUGAAAAAACUAAGGCCAGAGAGCGGAUAAAAAAGCAAGAUAAUGCUGUCAACAAGCAACAAAAGCGUGGAGAAAACCAUGGUCAAGAAGACACGUCGAAGAUAAACAUAAACACGACGAUGGCGACUGAAGAACAGAAGAAGAAAUACAAUAAAGAACAGGAAUCUAAACGAUGUUUGAAAUCCUCCAAUAGGGAACUGGAAAAUAACGACACUAUAUUGAGUGCGUCUUUGAAGUGUACUACUCGCAGUCCUUUCCUUUUGCGUGAUAGACCUCGUGAUAAUAUGAAGCCGGGUAAAACGUCAAAAAUGCGUCUUAGAUUGAGUGACGAAUCUGGUGCGAAAUUGAAAGAUCGGGCCUUCAGUGAACUGAGUCGUAACGUGAAAAUUCGGUCUUCAGUCCAAUCAGUGCAAAAAUAUUACUGGCCUUUUCUGCCAAACCCGCCGUGCAAAACUGAAGAUAGUUGGAAAGAGAAGAACCAGAAACAGCCUGCACUGUAUGAAAGUGCAACGAAUUUUUCUGCGCUAAAGAAAGACGUAAACACAGACCUGCUAAUACAUUCAGCACAAACGAAGACGCUGGUAAGCUCAUCUCAUCGUAAAUAUGCAUCCCUUUGGGUUCACAAUAGUUUUUGUGUUAAGAAAAACCAACUGCCACCGAUUGAUUCUUUACGGUAUUCAGAUGAGUGGAUUCCUGAAAACAGUGUCCCUUCUCGUAACAACGUAGAAGUCAGCUCUUCUCAGAUCAGUGAUAUGCGGAGUAAAGAGGAUUUUGCUUUGAAAGCCAUUUCCGAGACUUUGAAAACCAUUCAAUUAGGCGAGCUCAGCAGGAAAGAGUUGCUCAAGCAUUCCUUACCUGCAGCUGGUCAGGGCAAAAAUCAAGCGAUCAGAUUAAAGAGAAAAGCCUUGCCUGGCAUAAAAAGCUCACUAUCUUUCAAAAACUAUCGUAAUUAUUUAUCUUGA